AUGGAAUUAACAGAUGAUGUUCACGAAGACUCAGAGACAACUCGUGAGAUAGAACCUACGGAGGAUUCAAAAUUGGCCGAGAUAUCACUCUACGUGAUUCUUGGAAUCUCUUCGAUGACUACCAUGAAAGUGUUGGGGACUAUUCUCUCUCGGGAGGUCCUCAUUUUAAUUGAUAGCGGAUCAACUCACAACUUCAUCUCUGAGAAGUUGGUGACUGAGUUAAAGAUUCCCGUUCAACGUUUUGUCCACCAAUAUGGACAACUGGCUAGACCACUUACUGAUAUGACUAAGAAAGACGCCUUCCAGUGGUCAGAAUCUUCAACUGUUGCAUUUGAGCGCUUGAAACAAGCCUUGACAUUUGUUCCUAAUUUGGAGCAGCAGCUGUUACAAGAUCCUUAUAUUGCCUCCAUUAUCGCUGCUCUCAAAUCUGACCCCCAUUCUAUCACUCACUCUGUGAUUUCUUCAGGUGGUCAUAGAGGUGUUCUGAAAACUUUGAAGAGAGUUCAACAGCAUUUCUACUGGAGGACUAUGAAGGAGGAGGUUAAAACCUUUGUGCAGAACUAUCUUGUUUGUCAGCAAAAUAAAUUUCUUCUUCAGGCCCUUGCUAGGUUAUUGCAACCCAUUUCUGUCCCUGACAAAAUUUGGGAAGAUAUCUCUUUAGAUUUCAUAUAUGGACUUUCGAAAUCAAAUGGAUUGAUGGUUGUGGACAGAUUCAAUAAAUUUGCUCAUUUCAUUGGAUUGUGCAAGCCUUGCACUGCCGACUCCUCGAGUUUUGCACCAUUCCACAUUGUGCAUAGCCGUGAACCUCCAUCUCUCUUGCCAUUUGUUAAGGGUGCCAUUGCUAUUGCCGAUUUAGAAGACUUUAUUUCUGAAUGUGAAGCUGUGUUGGUUACAAUUCGAGACAAUUUGCAGAAUAUACAGGCUAAGAUGAAAGCUCAAGCUGAUGAGGAUAGGAGGGAUGUGGAGUUCAAGAUUGGUAAAGUUGCUUAUGAGCUUCAGCUACCUCCUGAGUCAAGGGUACAUCCUAUUUUCCAUGUUUCUUUGCUUAAACCUGCUCAUGGUGCUGCUCCGACACAUCCACUGCCUCCACUCCCUAUUACUGAUGAUUGGGAGCUAGUGUUGCUACUUGAACUGUUUUGGCUUCCCGCACUACUGAUGCUAACGGCCAAACUAAUGUUGAACUUCUUAUCCAAUGGCAGAACAGACCUCAAGAAGAUGCUAGUUGGGAACUUUAUGAUCUGUUUUCUAAGCAAUUUCCCUCUUUCCGCCUUGAGGACAAGACUAAUUUCCUAA